AUGUCAAUCCCAAGAGACUCGAAUAUAGUUACAUUAGCUGUAAUAGGAACAGCAGGUAGAGAUCCAAACAAACAGCUAACAAAGGAUCAUUUUAAAUAUAUGUGUGAUACUUUUGAUGAAUUUAUCGAAUCUCACCAUCUUUUAGAAGGUGAUAAACAACUUGUUGUUGUAAGUGGAGGUUCUGCAUGGGCAGAUCAUGUAGUUGUGGAUAGAUUUUUAAAUGAUCCAAAUAGAUUUAAAUUGAUUUUAUACUUGCCAUGUCCGAUUGUAGAUACAGAAAUCGAUGAUGACGAUGAUGAUGUUUGUUAUAAAAGGAGAUAUCAAUACCUUGAUACUGGAAGUAUAGAUUGGUAUAAGAAUCCAGGAAGAAUAUCAAAUAUGUAUCAUGAUCAAUUCGAAUCUAUUAUGUGUGUCGACCCAAUUGGCCAGAUCAUCCAAGCUAAAGAAAAAGGUGCAAUAUUAGAUACAUCAUCCAAUGGUUUCCACAACAGGAAUACUAAAAUUUCGAAAUCAGAUUUGAUUGUAGCAUUUACAUUUGGUGAGGAUCAACCUGAAAUUGGUACGGGUACUCAUGAAACAUGGAAACAAAGUCUAUCCAAAAAGAAAUAUCAUUAUUCAUUAUCAAAAAUAACAACAAGAUCAUAA